AUGGCUUCUGCGAACCUUGAUUCGGAAGCAGCUUUCUUGGACCGCGCUAGAAAGAUCGGACUGUCUGAGGAAACCCUUACAGGACUCUUGAACAACAGCUUCAACACCUUUGGCCGCCUGGCCUUUGCGGUGUCGGCUACGCCAACGACUCUCACCGACGAGGCAGUGGACAACUGGAUUGAUGGAUUGGGCAUGAGACCGUCUGGUUUUCAGAAAGCCAGCCUCCGUCGGCUCCUUUUCGAAGGAGUGAGCAUGGCGAUUGAAGAGGUUCGUACCCGCAUCGAGCCCGGCGUGGAAGGACAUCCUAAGAAGUUGGCAGCGGCGGAACGCUUGGAUAGGCAGGCUAAACAGGAGAGGUCUCUGGGAGGUUUGGUUUUUACUCCUGAAACCCGGCCAGCCAACUCGUGUGUAGAUCUGUGCAUGGAAAUGCUUGAAACAGGUGUGUUGCAGUAUCACGUUCCAAGCAAGUGGAUUAGUAGGGCGCAGGAAGCACAGUGCUUGAAGAGGGACAGCAGCAUAAACAUUGAUGCCGACAACAACCUGAAGAUUGCAACCAAAUCUGCAGAUCAGACAUGUGACGUUUCAUCAGAGAUGAGGUUGCGCCAGGCUUGGAGCCGCCGCUCCUUAGCCUUCGAUUUGGCGAACCUUGCAAGCUUCAGGGUCAUGGAGGAACAUGUUCAAUUCUUGUUUUCAGUUCUUCAGAGAGCGCAGCCGAAGGGCUUUCAGGGUGUCAUGCUUUCACAAAUCAUUGAGGCAGAUAAGCAGAUGUUCAUUCUUGCAAGCAACAACCUCAUGGGACGUCUAACGGCCUCGCCAGGGGCGGCUCCUGCUUUGGACGCGGAGAUCAGUAGACUGUCUAGGAGCCCUGACAUCAUGCAGUAUUUGGCACCCUUGCAGAACCCUGUAAUCCCACAUGUACCUUGGACCCCUCCCAAGGGAGAUGGCAAAGGCAAGAAGGGAAAGGACAAGGGGAACAAGGGAAAGGUCGCGACAGGUUCAAAGUUAGAUUUGCCGGAGGGCUGUGUGACCAAAGAUGAUGCGAACAAGUCCCUUCCAUUGAGUGCGUCCAUCAGUGGAGGGAGCGACGGGGGCGCAUUGCAAACUGGGGACCUGCUGGUCCCUGAUGCUGAGGGGUGGUCCAAGGCCCGUUUGAAUAAACCAGGCCAAAUCACGAGUGAUGAUCUCUUGACCUUGUUUGAUAUGCUCCCUCAGGGAAAUCUUCAGAAGGGUCAGAGAGAAGUGAAACAGUCCUUCGUAACCGGCUGUUACUCCCAAGGUGGAUUCCGUGGGUUGCGUAAGGAGUGUGCAGAGUUUCCAUACGCAAGUCGUGUCAUGACCCGCUUUGUGCAGGAGCGUCUUCCAGGUCAUGUUUUCUCCACAUGUGGCAUUUUUGCAGACAGUCUCACGCCUUUGCAUCGUGACGGCCGCAAUGCGCAGUGGCCGAAUGCAGUUUUUCGCUUGAGUGAUUUUAAGGAGGGGGGCUUAUGGAUAGAGGGCCCUGGGGACGAUGUUCGAGUCUUCAAUUCUAAAGAGCUGGUUGGAGCGGUUCACGAAAUUGGGGACGAUCCGCUUAUCUUUGACGCUUGGUCUAAAUACCACGAAACUGAACCUUGGACAGGUCGAAGAGUUGUUCUGAUCACUUGGGUUGUGCAGCAACUUGAAAAAUUAGAACCGAAGGAUGUAGAGGCAGCGCACCAAUUGAACUUCGUGCUACCUCCUGAGGUGCCGUUGCCUGUGCAAACGGCGCAGCUGGGAGAACGGCCACCCAUGGUGUUUGAGGUUUUCGCAGGCAAAGGCCUCUUGUCCCGGGCCCUGAUGCAAUGCGGAUUCGCUGUCCACAGUUUCGACCAACAUCAUUGCGAUUCUCAUGUGCCCAUCUCGCAGCUGGAUUUAGCAACAGACUCAGGGCAAGCUUUGUUCUGGGACUUUCUUGAGACACAGCGCCCGUUUGCAAUACAUUUGGGCGCCUCAUGUGGGACGAGCAGCAAGGCCAGAGGCAGACCGUUGUACAAUGGACAGCCGGGACCCCAACCUCUUAGGAGUAGUGAGUUCCCGCUAGGCCUGCCCUCCUUAAAGCCGGGGUCAGUUGAGGCCACUCGUGUAAAGUUGGCAAACCGUUUGUAUGCCUUCACAUAUCGCAUUUUGCGAUAUUGCCUGGAGCACGACAUAGUGGUCAGUCUUGAGAAUCCCGCAAAUAGUUUCCUAUGGGAGGUGUUGCAAGCCUUUGAGCCACAAGGGGUUGCUAACCGUAUCCUUCCCAGACUGCAGUCCAUCAUCUUUGACUUGUGUUGCCAUGGGGGCUUUCGCCCCAAACGCACAAAGUUGCUUGCAACGCCUGGCUGCUUCGAGCCGUUGCGUGCCCUUUGCGAUGGAAAGCACAUGCACAAACCUUGGGGACAAGUUGUUGAGUUUGGCUCCGUUCGGUAUGCCACCAAGGAUGAGGCGGCCUACCCAGCAUUGUUUGCCUCUCGCUUCGCUUCGUGUGUGGAGCGCAGGGCUUUGUCGCUAGGCCUCAACCUGUGUCGUCGCCCAUCCCCUAAGGACCUCUCGCUGGCCAUGUUGGGCCGACAAAACAAGCGUCAUCCGCCGCUGGUUUCCGAAUAUCAGUCUGUGAUUACUAUGCCAGCCGUAGCAUUCAAAUCGCAAAAACACUUGAAGCUCUUGCGCAGCAUCGGGGGUGAGGAGCUUCGAGCUUCCACUGAGCCAAACCCUAACACCCCUUUGGGACGGACCAUCCCAGAGGCCUCGAAGCCUACCAGUAACACCCCUUCGAGAGGGACCAUCUCGGAGGCCAAUACCCCUAGUAGUUCACGGGAUCCAGCUGAGAGGGUUGGUGACCGGGUUAGGGUUGGGGUAUACAGGACUCCUGAACAGUUUGUAGAGGAGGCUAAGAAGGUCAUUCAUCCAGUAGAUUCUUCAAACCCACUUGAGAAAGCCACGUUGUUUGCCUUGAAAGAAAACUUGACUAAAGACCCGAGGCUCAUAGUCUUGAAGCGAAACUUGGCGGUGGCGCGAGUGAAGCAGGAGGUGAAGAGAUGCAGUGAUGCUGAGGCGGAGCUUCACAAGGCCAUGCACCCGGCAGUGGCUAAGGUUAUGAGCGGCAAAUCCAUUUUGGCGUUGGAAUCUUUACUCAAGUCCGAGGGCUAUGACGAUCUUGAAGUCAUCGGUUUCUUAAAAGAAGGGGUAAGGUUGGUCGGAACUUCCCAAUGCCCAGAAUGCUUUGAUCGUAAGUUUGUCCCCGCUUUCUUGACAGAGACGGAGCUCAUGGCCUCAGCGGCCACCAGACGAAAGUCCUUGUUGAGUAAGUUCGAAAAGGUAGACCCGGAGGAGGCACGGAUCUUGAAGGAGGCCACGGAUGAGGAAGUGGCCAUGGGCUUUUUGGAGGGCCCCUACUAUGAUCAGAGCCAGAUUACGAAAUUGCUGGGAACCAACGAUUGGACAGUCAUCAGAAGGUUUGUUUUGCUCCAGGGGGCAGAGCUGAAACCCAGACCCAUAGACAACUGCUUGGAAUCCCAAUUAAACGCGGGCUACAGCUCCAGCAUUCACCUGCGGUUACAAGAUUCGGACUACAUCUCAGCCAUGGCCCUCCACGUAGCGAGGGAAGUGAGCGAAGGCCGAGCGCACAAGGAUGCAUCGGAGUGGAAGGGCAAAACACUUGACCUCAGCAAAGCUUACAAGCAACUUGCUAUCCAUCCGAGUCACCGACCUCUUUCAGUAAUUGCAGUUAGGCAAUCGGACGGAAAGGAUGCCUUAUACAUUUCGAACUCGCUCAUGUUUGGUAGCACUGCAGCGGUUUAUGCCUUUAAUAGGGUUUCCAGGGCCCUGUGGUUUCUCUUGAACAAACUUCUAUGUAUACCAGCUGCCGUCUUCUUCGAUGACUAUCCUUUGAUGUCGCCGGCAGGUAGCGCAGAAAACGCAGACUCCACGGCGAGUGCGUUCUUGGAUGCCCUAGGAUGGCGUCACGCCAAGACGGGCGCAAAAGGACGCCCCUUUGCGUCAGACUUCGACGUCCUUGGUAUGCAUUUGGGUUUAGGUGAUCUUGCUAAGGGUACUGUAGUCUUAGCAAACAAACAGGGCAGGAUAGAGAGGAUUGUUGACCGUCUUCAGGAAAUCAGCUUGAAAGGAGAAAUCCGACGACACGAGGCUCAGGUCAUCCAAGGCCUGUUGCAGUACGCCUCGGGCUUUUACGCAGGCCGAUCGCUGAAGCAUGCGUCGCACAUUCUUGCGAGGAUUGUUGGGGGUCUGCACUUUAGUCCUAGGGACCUUAGUGACUUCUGUAGACACACCGUUUCUUUGCUGAAGCACGAGAACCCUAGAGUCUUGAGCUGUGCGAUGAUAACUGACAUCAUCCAUCUUUGGACCGACGGAUCGUGGGAAGCUGAUGUUGGAGGCAUUGGUCUAGCCGCCCACGAUUGCUUCAGUGGAACAGGCUGGGUCUUCACAGGAAAGGUCCCGUUGCAGUUGCUUGAAUCUUGGAAAGCAGAGGUAGGAGAGCAACUCAUCUGCGAGAUCGAGAUGUUUGCUGUGCUAGCUUCCCUGCUGCAACUGAAUGCUCUUGUGUCGUCUCGCCGCAUAGUGUGGUGGGUUGACAACGAUGCAACCAGAGGUGUCAUGAUCAAGGGCGCCAGCCGCAGUUGGGCCAUGCACACUUUAGCCCGAGUGUUCUCUGAGCUCGACAGAGAAUGGCCAUCCAUGUGGUGGGUUUGCAGAGUCCCAUCCUACUCCAAUCCGGGGGAUGCGCCGUCGGGAGACCAAGGAGAGGAGUCUUUGGUGACGGUCGGAGCAUCUUGUGUGCAACCCUUCUCGAGACUUGAAGAGCUUGUUGGAAGGAUCCAGGCCUUCAACCGAGCGGCUGGUUCCCCAACCAGAACCGAGCAUGCAUCCCGAGGUCAAUCAGGCGGCACAAGUGGUGGAGUUUCCGACAUAGCCUCUGCCUUGACUCAGUGGCUAUCAUGUGUCCAGAAAGGAGUCGAUUCACUGGACUAUUAUGCAUGGUCCCAGGGCAAGCGUCCCGGCCAAGAUCAGGAAUCAGGAGUCUCAUUGGUGUCUUUACCUGAAGUGUCAACGGAGUCCACGUCCACGAACACUCCGUCACAGUUCGUGUUUGUGCAGUGGACAGACCCUGGUAUCCGUGGGCGGAUUGCUGAUUUUGAUCCGAACACAAACCGCUUGAAGUGCAUCGUUCCAGUCGGAAACAAGCGGACACCCAUGAACUUCGUCGAGAAGGGUGCAUCGAUUCUGAUCCCUGCCACAGGUGUGCGUGUACUUCGUGAGCGAAGGACCCAAUCGACACUGCAUCAUUUUCAGGCCAAUCAAGUUCCAGCUGUGCUUCUCCGCAUGAUUGACAUGCUUCGUGCCGCACAGAGCAAACUGAUGGAUGAUAUCGAUCUCGUUAUGGAUGAUGCAGUGUGCUUCGUUUGUGGGCAAUGUGACUCCGUGUCGGAUGGUGUUGGGUCCGAUGUGAGGCUGGCAGAGACCGACCCACCACGGACUAGCCCAUCGGGCCCGUUGGCCCUCUGCCCUGUCUGUUUGCUGCACAGUCACCGCGGUUGUUGUGACAAGGUCUUGGCGGAGUGUCACUCGCGCGUCGAUCAGGGUUCGGCUAGCUGGCCAAGUCCGUCUUCGUCUGACCUUCCUCGAGCGCUUCGCGACACCGGUGUGCAGGGGGGCCUAGACUCUAGACUGCCUAAUGAACCUCUAGAGUGCUAG